UUUAGUGGUGGCAGCCAUUGGUUUCGACAUAGUCUUGGCAGUGCCGACGAACUAGUGAAAGGUGGUAUGUCGCUGUGCUGAAUCGACAUUCGACACUAUACGUUACACGAUGACGGCAUGCAGUCGAAUUUUUAUAUUCUGUGCCAUAUUUUUAAAUGUCAACUGCCAAAAAGAUAAAGAAGCGGAAGACUUUGUUUGUCCCGAGGGAACACAAGGAAAUGGUAACUUUGCGGACCCAGCGACAUGUAGAAGAUUUUAUCAGUGUGUUGAUGGAUACCCGUACUUAAAUAGAUGUCCUUCUGGUCUGUAUUUCGAUGAUAUCAGCAAGUACUGCACCUUUAAGGCUGAGGCGAGAUGCGGUCCUAUCGCUACUACGCCUGCUCCCAUUACUGAAGCACCACUGGACCUAGCUACAAGAUGUGAACCAGCGGAGUGUCAACUUCCAUAUUGCUUUUGUUCAAAAGACGGCACGUUAAUUCCGGGCGGUCUUGAACCCGAAGAUACACCACAGAUGAUAAUGCUUACAUUCGACGGCGCCGUUAAUUUGAAUAAUUUCGACUUAUACAAGAAAGUUUUCAACGGAAAGUUGCGCAAUCCCAACGACUGUCCUAUUCGGGGCACUUUCUUCUUAUCGCACGAGUACAGUAACUAUGUGAUGGUACAAUCGCUUGCCCAUGACGGUCACGAAAUUGCGACUGGUACAAUAUCACAACAACAAGGUCUACAGGACAAAGGGUAUGAAGAAUGGGUCGGUGAAAUGAUCGGAUUGCGAGAGAUUCUGCGCAGAUUUGCGAAUAUAUCACGUUCAGAAAUUGUUGGCACUAGAGCACCAUUCCUCAAACCCGGCAGAAAUACACAAUUCAAGGUUUUAGAAGAUUUUGGCUACAUCUACGACAGUUCAAUUGGAGUUCCACCGCUACCAUUGCCGGUGUGGCCGUACACUCUCGAUUACAAAAUCGCUCACGAAUGUAAAUCUGGCACUUGUCCCACAAAAUCUUUCCCAGGUUUGUGGGAGGUUCCGUUUAACACACACUACGUGGAAACGUACGAGGGCGGCCAUUGUCCGUACUUGGAUCAAUGUGUUCUUCAUAAUCAUGACUCUAAUGACGUUUUAGAAUGGCUUCAAGAAGAUUUCAACAGACAUUAUGAACAGAAUAGAGCGCCCUAUAUGAUGCCCUUCCAUACCAACUGGUUCCAGAUCAAAGAAUUAGAACGUGGCUUACAUAAGUUCUUGCGUUGGGCUUCAGAACUGGACAACGUUUGGUUCGUCACAGUAACACAAGCUCUCACAUGGAUAACAGAACCGAAACCGGUGAAAUUGUUGAACAACAAUUAUGAACCUUGGCGAUGUGACAAAAAGGAUCUUCCAGCCGCACCCUGUAAUUUGCCCAAUAAGUGUGCGUUGUCAUUCAAACAUCCGGAAACAAACUUCAGUGACACGCGGUACAUGGAAUCUUGUUUCGAUUGCCCGAAUCAAUAUCCAUGGUUGGGUGACAGCGGUGGAACUGGAAUACCCGGGAAAGACAACUACAUCCCCGAAAACCUCAAACGAAAAUAAUUUUAAAUAUUGUGUAUGACAUUAGAUGAUUAACCGAUGACAGACCGAAAAAAUAAUUAAAAUCUAGCAACUGUUGAAUAAUGCUAAAUAUAAGAAGUGUAAGGGUGCGUACAGAUUACGCGCGCCAGCCUCGCGAGUGUUUUGCCCGAGUUGAGGUUCAUUUGCCGCGCGAGCCAAUAUGUUGUUAUUAAUUUAGUAAAGUGAAUGCCACCCGGCAGCCGAUCCAGCUUGUACAGCCCGCGGCAACUAGACAGGCCAGUUCAUUCUUGUAAACCAAAAUAGCCAUAACUGAUUUGUCGCACAUAGAGACUCCUAUACUAGCCUGCAAUACCUUUUUCAAGUAUCAAAACAGUAAAUUUCAUUGUUAAUUGUCUAUUUUUAAAUAUUCGCCGCGCGUGGCAAUCCACAAAAACAAAUCGUCCCAACUGCGCGGGAGCGAACGACAGAAGAUCCUUUGAUGCGGUCUCAAAAGUAAUUUUCGAUAGUUUCCCGCGCGUAAUUUGUACGCACAUUAAUGCAACAUGAGCAGUGGUGGUAUCAUCAGCCUAUGAUCACUCCUGGUAGUAACGACGAAGAGUCGGUAAAGUUUCCACUCUAAUUCAUAGGUUACGAAUUUAUUUGUUCAAUUAAAAACCUUUCCCAGUAGUAAUUUGAUUUAUAAUAAAAAGUAGCCAAAACCAUUUUAAGCAUUUCGUCUUGGUUGGUGACUAAUCACUAACCUACUUGAUGAAGAAUGCUUCAAAUAUUAGACAAUUAUUUCUCUCAGACAGAAAACCGCCACGCGUUUGAGCAAUCAUAUUUAUAUAAAUAAUAUAUGUAUGGUAUAUAGUGUGAGUAACAUAACACAAAUAAUCGACCGCAGAAAUCGUGCUCUGUCUGAGAGAACCCUUAGCUGUCUCGAGUCCUUUGCAUUUUUCGCCCAAAGAUUGAUAGCUCUCGUUUGUCAUCUGUUGCCAUUUUGGAAUGUAUUCGUGAUGUUUUUAUGUAAUUGGAUUGUGUUGUCAAUUGCGUUGUAAUAUUUGACGUUGUAAAUUGUACAUAAUGUUAUUUCGUGUGGCAGUGACUAGUCAUUGCUUUGUUAGAAGUAAGUUAUAGUUUUAGCUAGGACCUUUUGACAUUAAAUAAAGAUGUAAAAAUUUAAUUUGAUACUAAAGCUUUCGUCAUAUUGAUUAUUUGUUCAUACGUCUUGUGUUAAGUGUUGUUUUUUUGACGUUGGUGCUACGUAAAAAUAAAGAAUAAUAAUAAUACAAACCAUACCCUUAUAAUAAUUUAAUAGUAAUAUGAAAGAUAAAUAAAACAAUUUUUAAAACUGGUAAA